CAGUGUCGAAGUAGGUACAGCGAGUGGAGUGCGGGUAGCGGGCUGCGGGACGCGAACGCGGGUUAUUUAUUUAUUUGCGGUUGUUCGAGUGCUUGAAAUUAGCAAAUUUUUUCUGAAGACAAAUAAUAUUAUUGCUUGAUAUUUGAAUCAAAUAUGUGUAAAGAGAAUCGUGUGGCCGUGUUAAAUCGAUAAAACUUAAGAUUGAAACUAUUUAUAUAGAUUUCAAAAUAGCUCCACAAAAGAAAAAAAAUUAAAUUAUACUUACCCAUCCUUUUGGAUCAAUAUAUAUGGCGAAGCGAAUUAAUUGAACUGAUUAGACCAUAAACGGAGGCGGUCGAGUCAUGCAGCAUUGGAUUUAAUUUAGAUCAUCAUUGUUUGAAGAAAGGAGCCGGAGUAGUCGGCUUGCAAGCAUCAUGUGGGACGUAAUUGUUUACGUUUGUGUGAUAACAAUCGCAACGUAUAUUUUAAAACAACUGUUUUCAGAAACGCCUAACUAUGUGAAAUUCCAGUCAAAAUUUCUAGUCUUUUAUAUUUGGACAUCAAUUGUUGCACUAGUGAUGUUACCAUUCUUCGUUUUCAAUCAAAAAAAUGUGAAGAACUCCUUGUUUGGAGCCCAAAUAAUCAAACAUGUAACCAAAUUAAUAGAAAUAAAGUGGCAUUUAAGAAAUGGGCAAAUCCUUGCAGAAGACCGGGGAGCUGUUAUUGUAUCAAACCAUCAGUCUACAAUUGAUAUAUUAGGUUUAUUCAAUAUAUGGCAUGUUGCUGUCAAAGUAGCAGCUGUUGCGAGGAAGGAACUGUUUUAUGUGUGGCCGUUCGGUUUAUCCGCGUAUCUAGCCGGAGUGGUUUUCAUUGAUAGAAAUAAUUCCAAAGAUGCGUACAAAACCCUCGAGGCCACGUCCGAGGUCAUGAUCAAAAAUAAGACAAAACUAUGGUUGUUUCCUGAAGGGACAAGAAAUAGAGAUUUUACAAAAUUGCUGCCUUUCCGAAAAGGAGCUUUCAAUAUCGCAGUUGCAGCUCAAGUGCCGAUCUUACCAGUUGUCAUAUCGCCCUACUACUUCAUUAAUAGAAAGAAAUACAUCUUUAACAAAGGGCAUGCGAUAAUCCAGUGUCUAGAGCCCAUUCCCACCAUCGGCCUGACAAUGGACGACGUUCCGGCUCUCAAGGACAAAGUCCAAAGCAUAAUGGAGCUUGCUUACAAGGAACUAUCCAAAGAAGUAUUGAACGCUUUACCCCAGGAUUACCCUCUUGCCAAGCAGGACUGAACGUGGUAAAAAUAUAUCAACCCUUUUCCACUGUGUUUAUUUAGAAAAACGUGAAUUUUGUCAUGUAGUUUCUUAUUAGUCUUUGUACACUUAUAUGUGAAAAACUUAGAAUUCUUUCGGACGCCAUUUUUAUUAUACUUAAAUCCUAUUUUAUAACGUAUUUUUUGGAUGUUAGCUUGGAAAAGCUGAGUGUACAAAAAUCUUGUAAAUAAUACCAAAUAUUCUACGAUAAAAUCAUACGUGUUUAGUAUACUUUAAUUUUAUGAGAUUAUUAAAUGUAGAAAGGGACAUUUUUAAAAUUAACAUUCAAGAGGAGUUUAUUCGCUCCAAAUAAAGGAGUUUGGCUCUCAUUUGAAUGUCAACCAAUCAAUACGUGUUUGCCAGAUUUCUGUUAAAAUAGUUACAAACUUACACGGGAUCAAAGGUUCGCAUACAAAUCUUCAUACCUGUGCAACUUUGAACCUAAAUGUUUUUACGGAAAUCUAACAAACUACAGACACAGAUUUAGUUUCUAGAAUGUGUCUACAAAAUUUCGAUGAGUUUGAUUGGUAAGUAUUCAAAUGAGAACCAAACUACGUUUGUAUGGAGAUCGCUUGAAAGAUCGCUAGGGA